AUAGACGUGCGCUGUUGUUCCAACCAAUUGUACCAAGUGCCUCUGAACCUCAAACACGCGAAGUCAUGCAGACGCUCACCUACGCCGCUGCCACCAUCGCGCUCUGCUGUCUGAGCGCAGUGACUGCGCAGCCGCAGCGCGGCCUCCCCCCACCUCGCUCCAGCUCGUUCGACGCGAAUGCUGUGAUACUAAAGCAGAACUUCGAUCUGAAUCCGGAUGGCUCCUACCAGUACAACUACGAGACUAGCAACGGCAUUCGUGCCGAUGAAGCCGGCUACUUGAAGAAUCCAGGCACACAGGUGGAGGCACAGGUAAUGCAAGGUUCAUACUCCUACACCGGACCCGAUGGCGUCAUCUACACCAUCACGUACAUCGCCGAUGAGAACGGAUAUCGCGCCGAAGGUGCUCACAUACCCACACCCCCUCCAGUGCGCGCGCCCGCUGGAAGAUUCUUCAAAUAAAUGGACCAUACACAUAAUUGCACUGUGACGUUUAUGUUUUAGGCUAACUGAUUUUUAAUUUUAUGAUAAGGACGAAGUUGGCAAUCGUUUCGUGUGCUGCCGAAGGAUGGGCAGCAAGGGGAGCAGCAAAAGCAACAGCAACAACAACAACUUGUGGUUGCGGCAAUGGGACAUGAUAGACAGGAUCAGCUGUGUCCACUUGAUCACACAGAUCAUUACUAUAUUUACAAAAUGCAUUUGCACCUGACAACUAUUUUCUUUGCCUUUCCUUUUCGUUUCCCGUCAUCAGCCACACACCCCCUGUCCACUGUUUGCAACAUUUUCGUGUGUAUUUGUGCAUUUCUCAUUUAAACAAAGCAUUAACUCACUUAGUGCGUAUUGUACAAUAGUUAUGUAAAAUAUGUUUUGUAAAUAAUAUACAAUCGUUUGUUAAACAUACGACACGCAAGCUCAGCAAUAAAAUGAAUAUUGCCCGAAACAA